GUCAUCUCCACCUUUCAAAGAACAAAAAAAAAAUAUAUAUCCCUCUGAGCUUUCUCUCAGUUUCUGUCUUUGGGGUUUUCAUUGGGUGCCUCCGCUCGAUCUACCGAUCUUGUUUACAGUCAGUUUCAGCGUUACUUUUUCGUUAAUCACCUUUUUGUCGUGUGGCGGACUGUGUAAGAGACAGACACAGAGAGAGAGAGAGAGAGAGAGAGAGAGAGAUGGAGAUCCAACAUUUUAGCCACGAGGAGCAUCCACUGAUGUUGGUGGAAGAGUUUGAAAAUGAUGGCGAGAAUGAAGUUGUUUGCUCAGGGUGCGACAAAUCAGUAUCAUGUGGUCCUGCUUACAACUGCUCUCAAUGCAAAUUCUUCCUUCACAAGUCAUGCGCAGAGUUGCCCCCUGAGAUACAACACCCUGUGCAUCCAAACCACACCCUCCUUCUCCAAGCGCCAAUAUCAGAUCGUAGAUGUUGUGAUGCCUGCGGUAGGGGUUGCAAAAGAUGCUUCUCCUACAGGUGCCAUAGUUGCAAUUUCGACCUUGACAUCGGAUGUGUCUCGGCCAGUUUGCCAACUAAACCUGACGACGGUCACCAACAUGAAUUCGUUCCCAUCUUUCAGCAGUUCCACUUCACUUGUGAAUUAUGUGGCGAGGAUCGCAACAAUGCUGCCCAGGUAUGUCGCAUUUGUCAACUCUUGGCUGACACUCUAUGUGCUCUGAAGCCAAGUACCAUCAAAAUUACAGCAGAUCCUGCUCACUUGCUCACUCUCAUCUAUUCACUUCGUAAAGUGAUUAAGGAGCACAGCGAUAUAUUCUGUAAGCUUUGCUAUAAAAAACUCAAUCCCAAUUUUGCGGGUUAUUAUUGCCAAGAAUGCGAUUUCGUAGCCCACUUGAAAUGCACACCUAAACAUUUAGAUAUCGACUCAAGCAUAGAUCUUACUGAGGAUAUCGACUUUAAAGAGGAUGAAGAACUAGAGGAGCUCCAACAUUUCGAUCAUGAUCAUAAGUUAAUCAUCAGCCGCAACGAAGUCGAGGUUCAUGAUCAUAAGCUUUGUGAAGGUUGUGUGCAAUCAAUUUCCGUCCCAUUUUAUAGUUGUGAGCAAUGCGACUACUUGAUCCAUAGCACGUGUGCUCGACUACCCUUAAAGAAGCGACACCUAAGUCACCCACAUCUGCUUACCCUCUCCGCAAGGGGACAGUACAUUGAUGGCAUCGUAUUUUGCUAUGCUUGUCUUCGUUAUAGCCAUGGCUUCGCUUAUACAUGUCACGAAUGUGACUACAGUCUUGACAUCCAAUGUUGUUCGAUUCCAAAAACCUUUAAAUAUGAAGGUCACCAACACUCUCUCUUCUAUGCUCUAAAUUUAGAUGAAAAGUGCAAUGCCUGUGAUAGGUUGAAACACAACAGUGGUGGAUUUGUAUGCACUAAAUGCAAUUUUGCCUUGGAUUUAAAAUGUGCAACACUCCCGCUCAAAGUUAAGUAUGAAUAUCACCCACAUUCCCUCUCAUUCACUCACACUAUUGCCAAAAACGAUUCUAAAGAAUAUUAUUGUCUAAUUUGUGAAGAAGAAAGAAAUCCAGACCAUUGGUUCUAUUAUUGUGCAGAAUGCAACUUUACUGCUCAUUCUCAAUGCAUAGUUGGGUGGGAUCCCUACAUUAAGUAUGGAAAAACAUUUAUAACGCAUCUUCACCAACAUCUUCUAACUUGGGUCAGGAAAACUAAGGUCUCUCCUCCAUGUGAUGCCUGCGGUAUAACUUUUAAUGGAGAACUGGCCCUAAACUGUACGCAGUGCAAAUUCAUCGUCCAUUGGAAGCGAAAAUGUAGAGAGAAAGUAGGAGUAAAAGAAGUUCUUAGUGCUGAUGAGAAAAAUAUCUUUUUGUAAUUAGUUGUACUAGCUAGCACAUUUGUGUUUGUGCUAGAGAGAGUUCCUCAUAAUUGCAUAAUUUAUUUCAUCAUAUACUUUGAUUGGAUUAAA